AUGCCUGCUGAUCAAGAUUCUGCAACUAAUCCUAAUUCAGCAUAUUAUCUUAGUAGUCAUGAUCUUAAUGCUUCCAAAUUGGUUAGCAUUGUGUUUGAUGGAAAGUGCUUCAAUGACUGGAAGCGUUCCAUGGUGAUUGCACUUUCAGCAAGGAAUAAGUUGUGUUUUGUUGAUGGCAGUCUCAAUCAACCAGCAAGUAAUUUAGCAAAUCACAGAAUCUGGAACAGAUGUAAUGACUUAGUAAUUUCUUGGAUGCUAUCUUCCUUAGAGCCUUCAAUUGCAAGAAGUGUGUUGUACCUCAAAACUGCAAGAGAAAUAUGGCUUGAUCUGGAGGAGAGAUUUUGUCAGUCAUCUGGACCACAACUCUUUUCUGUACAACAGAAAUUGUGUGAUUUGAGUCAAGCAGAUGAUGAGCAGAUUUCAAGUUUUUUCACUAAGAUAAAGCUAUUAUGGGAUCAACUUGAUGGACUUGAUCCUUUACCUUCAGUAUCUGCACAGGAAGAACAACAGAAGGAAGUCAAUAAUAGUAGAAUUCACAAUUCAGAAUCCACAGUGUUCACAGCAAGAAGGUUUUCUGACAACAAGUCAUACAGAUCACCUCCAUAUGCUUCUGGUUCAGGAUCAUUCAAUACAGCAAAUGGAAACCAAUCAAGAAAACUAUACCUAUACAAGAAACAAUCUCUACUGUGA